UUUCUGUGCAGCGCUAGCGUCAGUCUCCCGUUGCCGUACUUUUAUUUUACCACUGUGUAUCUGAAAUCUGGAGCUAAGUGGAAGUUGAAGGAAAAAGGAACAGAAAAGAAAUAAGAUAUCAAUGGGAGAAAGAGUGAUUGGGUUUUGCUUUCUAUUAUUAUUUAUUGCUUAUUUCAUUGAGUUUUCUUCUGCUAUAGUUGUAUUGGAGCCCUUCUCCAUUGCCUUCCCGGACAUUCCCACCAAAUUCGCUCGUUGGAAUAGCACGCGCCUUUGCGGUGCAAUUGAAGUAGCGGAUCCAUUGGAUGCUUGUACACCGCUCCGUAAUGAAUUCGGGUCCAACAAAACUGACUCCACAAGGUUUGCUUUGAUAAUUAGAGGCAAUUGUUCUUUCGACGAAAAAAUUCGAAAAGCUCAAAGCGGUGGUUUUUCUGCCGCAAUUGUUUACGAAGAUAAAGAUAUGAGCAAUUUAGUGUACAUGAUGGUGAACCCUAAGGGAAUCAACAUUUUGGCGGUUUUUGUUUCUAAAUCUGCUGGUGAAUUUUUGAAAGAUCAUGCUAUAGGAGAAAAAGAGGAAUGCUGCAUUUAUUUGCAGCCAAAUGUGAAUCCAUUGACAGUUUUUGCCAUUUGCUUCGUAUCACUUGCCGUUAUAGCAGUUUUCCUGGUGACAGCCAUGAUUCCUCCCAGAAUUUUUUCGAAUUGGCGAAGAAAAAAAUUAGUUAAAAGUGUGGAUAGUAAGAUAGUUGAAGCUCUUCCUCGUGUCACGUUUGGUUCUGCUCCUCUCAGUCACUGCCAUACUGGAGAAACUUGUGCAAUAUGCCUUGAGGAUUAUAAGGAUGGGGAAAUUCUUAAAAUUCUCCCUUGUCAACACGAUUUUCAUUCAAGCUGUGUGGAGUCAUGGCUGACUAAGUGGGGGACGUUCUGCCCUGUAUGCAAACUCGAUAUGAUAACCAAAAUCACAUUUUCUGUGGUCAGUGAGCAAAGGCCUUAGUUUUAUGUAUGCAGCUCCAAUUCUUCUCAUUGAGUUUAAACAUUGUAGAGUUAUAUACUCUUUAACA